AUGCUUGACCGCGCUACAAGAGGGCGUGAUUUACAACUGAGCUCCCUCCAAUCUGCUUUGACCAAAGUUGGUCAUAUCACAGCGCAAACCACAAAUACAUUGUUGGCUGUGCGCGCUGAAUCCAGCGAGCUUGAUAUCGAUACUUUAGUUCGAAUGAACGCCGAUGUUAUUGCCCUCUUGGGGCAUAUUAGUUUUGAGCUGUCCCAACGAAGACGCGAUGCCAUACGGCCUCACCUCCAUCGCGAAUUUAGAACAUUGUGUGCGUCACACGUUCCUAUUACGAGUUUUUUGUUUGGUGAUGAACUACAAACCCAAAUCAACCACAUUCGCACCUCAAAUAAGAUUGGAAAUACGGCUACCAGUUCAAACACCCCCUGGCAACAGCAGUCGAAGCACUCAAACCCGCGUCAUAAACCAUGGCGUCCUUUUUUAGCCAGGCAUCAUGGCAACAUGCCUUAUCGGAAAGCGAACCAAUACCCGACUAAGAACUUCAAGAAGACGUCCGACCACAUUCCGGACCGCAAGUAG